AUCACCCAGCGCCGGGCCCUCCCUCCUGCCCCCCCCUUCUCCUCCCUCCUUCCUUCCCUCCCUUCCUCCCUCUCUCCCUCCCUCCCAGCUCCUGCACCAGGAAACGGCCCGGAUCCCGGCAGCGGCCUGACCCGGCUCCAAGCUGGCCGGGAGGAUGAAAGGCCCCAGCUGGGGGCUCCUUGCCACAAGUGCUGGGUCCUAAGAGCUACCAUCCAGGCUGGCCGCCCGGAUGGCGACCCCAGCCUCAGCCCCAGACACACGGGCUCUGGUGGCAGACUUUGUAGGCUAUAAGCUGAGGCAGAAGGGUUAUGUCUGUGGAGCUGGCCCAGGGGAGGGCCCAGCAACUGACCCGUUGCACCAAGCCAUGCGGGCAGCUGGAGAUGAGUUCGAGACCCGCUUCCGGCGUACCUUCUCUGAUCUGGCAGCUCAGCUACAUGUGACCCCAGGCUCAGCCCAGCAACGCUUCACCCAGGUCUCUGAUGAACUUUUCCAAGGGGGCCCCAACUGGGGCCGCCUUGUGGCCUUCUUCGUCUUUGGGGCCGCACUGUGUGCUGAGAGUGUCAACAAGGAGAUGGAGCCACUGGUGGGACAAGUGCAGGAGUGGAUGGUAGCCUACCUGGAGACACGGCUGGCUGACUGGAUCCAUAGCAGUGGUGGCUGGGCGGAGUUCACAGCUCUAUACGGGGACGGGGCCCUGGAGGAGGCUCGGCGUCUGCGGGAGGGGAACUGGGCAUCAGUGAGGACAGUGCUGACAGGGGCCGUGGCACUGGGGGCCCUGGUAACUGUAGGGGCCUUUUUUGCUAGCAAGUGAGAAAGUCCCAGGGCCAGGUAGGGCUAGGUAUGGCUGGGGGCCAGGAGAGCAGGAACAGGACAGAGGAAUGCCCUUAGAAGAAGUGAAGUGAAUGGAUGAGCAGGGGAAAGGUAGUGUGUGAGGGAGCUGCCUAUGCCAGGCAGGCGACUGGAAGAGUGAGCUGGAGACAUUGGGGAAGUGGUUUGGGAAGGUCAGGGAUGAAGGAGGAGUUGGGGGAAGGUGGGAGGGAUCAUGCCUGUAGGUGUGGGGACUUGAAACUACCUGGAGUUUGGUUUGUAGCCCUGAGGAAAGGACUUGUAGAAGGGGUUGCGUCUCCAUUGGAGGAGCAGGAUUGGGGGAACACAGAAGGCACAUCCCUUUGGAAUGGAAGCUCAAGGUUCUCAGGUGAUAGGGAAAGGUCAGUGACAGUGGACUGCUUGGAUCCGGUGUGCAUGUGCACGUGUGCAUGCUGGGCUGCUUGUCUAAUCUGGUGGUGGUGGGACUUUUCAAGGAGAAAACAUUCCCUCUUGCAAUGACAAGAACAAGGGGCCGUUCUCUGUUCCUCCUUCCAGCCCUCACCCCCACGUUUCCCCUCCCCUUGUCUGGACGCCUCAAGGCUGAGAGAGAAACAGUGUAUCAGAAGGAGGGCUCUGGCAUUUCUCUGCAGAAAGUCAAUAGGGGUUUGGAGACCAGAGUGGUUCUGCAGCUGGCCUUGUUCCUUCAUCAUCCCCCUUCCUUGUGCAUCUCGCACUUGCUGCUGCCUCCUGGGCUCUGACAGAGGGCAGGGCUGUGGAGCCUGGGUGGGUCGAGGCUUAGGUAGCUGGACUUGCCUGCCAACCUCCCUUACACUGAGGCACAAUGGUGCCUGAAGUGUACCCUGUCUCUGGGAUCUCUGUAUCCAAACUUACACUCUAAUUGGGGCCCUAAUUUAUUUUCCUUUAGGGGGUAGACAUAAAUGCCAAUCUAGAAUACAGUCUGUGUCCUGCACUGUGUCUCAGUGAGACGGUUGAUGCCUUGAGAGGACCAUUCCAGCUCUGAACCCCAUGAGUGUAGGGUGACGGGUACUCUGUGACUGGCCUAUUCUGUGUGGUGGGCUGUGGUGCUGCUUUAUCGGGGCCAAGAGUAAGGGUUCUAGAGUACCUACUAUGACCUAGAAGCAUUUAUGUUUUCUUUGAAGCCACGCUUUUUGCAUGGGUGUUACUUUUCUGCACCUCAGAGUCUGAGGAUAACUUUAGAACUCACAGUCCUCUAGAACUGAUUCAAAUUAUAGCUUUUUCUUUUGAGGAAGAAAUGAUUCACUCCCAGAUGCAUGCCCUGAGCCAGACCUCACUGCUGCACUUUCCAAGGUGCUAAAAUUGCUGCUCUCCAAUGCUGACUUUCUGACACAGUGCUCUAGAACCCUGACCAUGAUCCUGAGCACUGACCAGCUUAGCCAGACCGUGGUUGACUCUUCUCGGAAAUUUUCACUUGGUCCCAGAAUGUGGCAAUGUAGUUGUGCUCGCUAGAAUGUGGGACCAAAUUGGCCUCAGGGGUUUAGUCCAGACUUUUGCUUUUGAGAGAGGGCUGUACUUUUUAAUGGUAUUUAUAGGGGAGGUGGUAGACUGCAUGUGCUACUUGGUCUGUUGUGAGUAUGCUGAUACCAGAAACUCAGAGCUGGUCUGUGGCAAGCAGUUGGGGUGGGGGGUCUCUGACUUGCUCAGGACAAACUAGGCCAGUGGUUUUCAAACUGCUUGGCACAGCCCCAAAGUUUUCUAGGGGUUGCCUCAGGAGUCCUUGGGGAGAUGAAAGGGGUGGGGAGCUGAGCAGUCUGGGCAGCUUGCCCUCAAACAGAACAGCUCUCCUUGUAGCUGUCUUAUAUAUCGGGGUUCAGGGUAAGAUUUUAUUUGCAUUAAGGGGUUUGUUGCUGAAAAAGUUGGAAAACCACUGACUAGACCAUCAGCUCCAAAUUGGAGCCUGUGCUCCCCCAGGUUUGGGGCAGACUCUUCACCCUACCCUCUACCACAGGAUGCCUAUUCUGAUUAGCAUUCCUGUGGGCCUUUACCAAACAGUGACAGCAGGGACCAUGGCCCAAUUCAAAAUGUUCUGUUCUGAGACCUUCACACCUGAGUGGAAGGAGAAGCUAUUUUCUUAAAGGGUAAAGGGCUUGGUCUGGAUUCCCAGAAGUAUAGCUUGGAUGGGACCACAGUGGGUAGUUUUGACCUGUUCCUGCCCUUCUUAGUUGGAGGAGCAGUGGAAACCCCAGAGACUCUUCUGUCAGGGAAAACUAGGGACUCUCUUCUAGAGCCAUAUAGUUCCUUGGGAUUAGCUCUUGGCCAAGAAGGCUGAGUAUGGCUCCCAAUUUUUAAAUCCAUUUCAUUUUUUAAAAAAUAAGGGAAAUAAAUAUAAUUGCCAUUUUUCAAAGAUGAAAUAGGCGAUAGGCGGAGAGGGUGUUUCUUGCUUUCCAGAGCCCAAAGGGACAAAUAGGGACUUUACUUAGGCCAAGGAAGGAGCGGAAAUAGGGCAACUCGGUCCUGAGAUUAUUAAUCCUACUCUCCCACUCCCCACUUAUUCUAGGGCAUACAUACACUAUUUUACUUUUUUAAAUCAUAAAACGAGAGAACAGAUUUGGUUAGUUUAGAAGAAAAGAAAAAGCUCUAUAAAUAUAAAUAUAUAUUCCUGUAUUUUUAUUUAAUAAUUUAUAAAUACCAAGUUCAUUUGACUUUUAUUUUUGUGUAAUAUGUAAUUGUCGUAUUAAAAAAAAUAAAUAAAGCCCAGAGUUUAAUGAGAAG